AUGUUUGCUGUUGAGGUGAGUGAAGCUAAGGGUGGAAUCCAAGAGUGGGAGGAGGAGGAGGAGAAGGAGAAGGAGAAGGAGGAGAAAGCAGCAGAGAGGACGCCCAUGGGAGAAGAGGUUCCAAACUCUCCCAGGACUUUGCUGUCUCUGAGAGGGAAGGCCCAGAUGAGGAUCCCCAUGGAAGUCAAGCUGGAGCUGCACCCCCUGCAGAACAGGUGGGCUCUGUGGUUCUUCAAGAAUGACCGCAGCCGGGCCUGGCAGGACAACCUGCACCUGGUCACCAAGGUGGACAGUGUGGAGGGCUUCUGGGCGCUCUACAGUCACAUCCAGUUGGCCAGCAAGCUCUCCUCUGGCUGUGACUAUGCCCUGUUCAAGGAUGGCAUCGAGCCCAUGUGGGAGGACAGCAGGAAUAAGCGGGGUGGCCGCUGGCUGGUCAGCCUGGCCAAGCAGCAGCGCCACAUUGAGCUGGACCGGCUGUGGCUGGAGACGCUGCUGUGUCUGAUCGGGGAGAGCUUUGAGGAACACAGCAGGGAGGUAUGUGGGGCCGUCGUCAACAUCCGCACCAAGGGGGACAAGAUCGCUGUGUGGACGAGGGAGGCAGAAAACCAGGCGGGCGUGCUGCACAUUGGGCGUGUAUACAAAGAGCGCCUGGGCCUCUCCCCGAAGACCAUCAUUGGGUACCAGGCCCACGCAGACACAGCCACCAAGAGCAACUCCUUAGCCAAGAACAAGUUUGUGGUGUGAGGGGGCCUUGGCACCCCUUCUAUGUAAUGGGACA